AUGAAUCUUCACACAUCCUGGGAAAAUUUUAAAACAAAUUUGUCAAAAAUUGAUAAUAUUGAAGUUCCCCGCCAUGUAUUAACAAGUUCGCAUUCUACUAGCGAAAUUCAUGGUUUCGCUGAUGCCUCAAUGAGAGCAUAUGGAUGUUGCAUCUAUGUUCGAAGUAGAGUGGCUAAUCAAAUCACUUGUCGUUUGCUAACAGCAAAAUCUAAAGUCGCUCCUUUGAAAACUAAGUCGCUACCUCGACUUGAGCUUUGUGCAGCACAUUUAUUAGCGAAAUUAUGGGCUAAGGUGAGAACUCUAUUAUCGUGUAACAUUAAAAGCGUUACGUUCUGGACUGAUUCUGAAAUAACUCUACAUUGGAUUAAAACUCAUCCAUCAACCCUAGCAACAUUUGUAUCAAAUCGUGUUGCAGACAUUCAGGAAUUGUCAGACCAAAUUGUUUGGCGACAUGUUCCUUCACGGGACAAUCCGGCUGAUAUUGUAUCUAGAGGUUGCAAUGUCGAUGAUCUCAAUGACUCAAUUUGGUUCAAGGGCCCGGAAUUCUUGCUUAGUGAAAGUAAUGAAUGGCCAGAAAAUCAACAUUUUACGUUGAACGAUCAACAAAUGUCAUUAGAGAAAAGAAAAACCAAUGUAUUUUUUGCUGUCAAAGAUUCCAAUUCGAUAAUAGAGCUGAUUAAUAAACAUUCAUCCUACCUUAAGUUGAUUCGAGUGUUUUCGUAUGUAUUACGUUUCAUCCAGCGCUGUCGUAAAAAAGAAUUGGAUAUCUCAACCGUAACCCCAACAGCAAAUGAGAUGAAUUGGUCAUUCCUUAAAAUAGUGGAAAUCAUACAGAACGAUGAUUAUUCGCAAGAAAUUAAAAAACUUCAGAAUUCACAAGUCUUGCAAUCAAAUUUGCAAAAGCUGAAUCCAUUUAUUCACGAAUUUAAUGAUCACAAUCGAACAUUUUCACUAAUCAGGCUUGAGGAUUAA